CCAAUAAAAUUACAUAUUGAGUCGGAUAUCCCUAAAUCCAAACCCAACCCAACUCAACCCGGUGAAUAAUGUACGGAUUUAAACCCAAAUCCAACCUAAAACUCUUCCACGCGAGUUUUAUACGUUGGUUCGGGUUUUAUUGACAUGCCAAUAUGCAAGAACUCAAGCCGCGGGCCUCACAUAUCCAUGGCCCGGCACAGCCAACUCGCUCGGCCCGAGAAAGCCCAUUAACAACCCGGCGUUUGGCCAAAUUUCCGGCGAAUCCGGAAAAAUCCCCAAACAUUUCAAAAAAAAAAAAUUCAAUCAGCUCAGCGCACGAACAAGAAGACAAAGGGUGGGUCGUCGCUCCACUAUCGUUUUGCUGAAGCUUUGCCAUCGAUUGUUGUCGGCCUUUCCGCUUCUACAACCAGUUUUUAGUGUUUUUAGUUUUUACCACCGCGCCAAAAGAUCCUCCUUCGAAGUUUAAGAGUAAUCAUGGAGAAAAACUUAUUCAACGGCCGGAUUUCACCUUCCACCUCCGCCGGUGCUGGUUCCCGCCACGCCGCGUCGGCGAGAUCGGCUUCUCCUCCUCUCCAACCAAACUACAGUAGCCUGGCCGUUCAAAAAGCAUUGGAACAUCUGGCAUCAAUUGAUUUAAUUGAGCUGUGCAGUGAAGCAAAAGUUGAGCGCUGUCGGGCAACCAGAGAUUUGAGGAGUUGUGGACGUUAUGUGCAGCAUGUAUUGGACUCAUGUGGGCAUGCUUCCUUAUGCAAAGAGUGUAGUCAAAGAUGCGACUCCUGCCCAAUUUGCAGAAUUCCCAUCCCAAAGAAUAACAGUAGGCUUCGUCCUCGACUUUACUGUGAGUGCAUAGAGGCGGGCCUCAUCUCCAAAAGAUGUGAUGAAAGAUUUCAAGAGAAAGAAGAUGGUGAUGAUCAAUUGACUGCAGAUGUGCUCCGUCUCUAUGCUUUGUUUGAUGUUGCUAUGGAGAAUAACCUGGUCUCAUUGAUUUGCCACUAUGUUACUGAUGUUUGCAUGGAUGAGAGUGCCGUGUCUAGUGAUCCAGUAAUUGCUUUCUUGUUGGAUGAAGUAGUUGUGAAGGACUGGUGCAAAAGAACAUUCCAGAAUAUCAUUGAAGAGCUUCAUUCAAUAUAUGAUCCUGCAGCAGAAGACAUGGGUAAAAGGAUUGGUUUACUUCUCAAGCUUUCAUCCCAUCUUGAUGAGAUAUCCAAUGUGCUAGAAGUUCUGGAUUCAUCAUUUAAAGGAAGCUCUUCAGCACAACUCAACGACUUGCAGUUUCUGCAUGAAAGUGUCUCAAAGGCAAAGCAGCAUGCUGACAUUAUGACCUGGUGUAUACGGAAUGAAUUUCUGGAAAAUGUGAGGACUCGGUAUGGAAAUUUAGCAUCAUGGCGCUCUGUUGUACGGGCAAGGAAGGCUGCUGCAAUUAAGCGUUCAUGGCCUGAUGCGGUGAAUCAUUCUGCUGAGUCGAGUAUGCAUGCAGGUUCUCUCUUCAUUGAAGAUGCUUUAUCAAAUAUUGAAAUUCCUCAAGGUCAUCCACAGCACAUGGAAGAAGAAUUGCGGCUUGCAUCUUUGCAGAAGGAUAGAGAGUCACUUUUCAGGUCUAAACUAGAGGGACUGGCAAUAUGCUAUCCUUUUGAAAGCCUCCAAGCUGCUGUUGAUGCGCUCUUCCUAACCGGAAGUUCUGACACGGUGGUUGCGAAGGAGGCAAUUUUUCUUUACUACAUUUUCGACAGGCAUUGGACAACACCAGAUGACAACUGGAGAAGUAUCAUAGACGACUUUGCAGCUACAUUUGGAAUAACUAGACAUUCUUUGAUAGAAUCACUAACAUUUUAUCUUUUAGACGAUGAUAGUGAUGAAGCUCUGCAGGAAGCUAUUAACCUUCUUCCUGAGAUCUGUGGCCCAUCAACUCAUCCAAAAAUUGCUCAAGUAUUGCUGGAACGGGGAGUUCCAGAAACAGCUUUAAUGGUGCUUCGGUGGUGUGGGCAUGAUGGAUCAGAAAUUGUGUCACUUAGUGAGGCUGUUACUGCAGUCAGGGUCAGGGUGGAAUGUGGACUUCUGACUGAAGCUUUCAUGUAUCAAAGAAUGCAAUGGACCAAAGUUAGGGAGAAGAACUCAAAGGGAGGACCACCAAAGGCUGGUCCUGACGAUUUAGAAACCAAAUCCAGCAGAUGGGGGGACUGGCUGGAGACUUUGGUAACUGAAAUUUGUUGUCUUUGCAUGAAAAGGAAUUUGGUGGAUCGAAUGAUUGAAUUGCCAUGGAAUUCGGAUGAAGAGAAGUAUCUUCGUAAGUCUCUUCUUGAUUGUGCCAUCCAUGAUCCUUCAACGACUACUGGAAAUCUUCUUGUAGUGUACUAUCUUCAGCGAUAUCGUUACACCGAGGCAUGUGAAGUCGAUGCCAAGCUUCAGCAUGUGGAGCAGGAUUUUAUCUCGGUGAAUUCAAUUGAUGAAGGAGUUCUAUCAAGAAUGAGGUCGGCAAGUCACUGGAGGUCUGCACUCGUUGAGAAAUCUAUGCAGCUGUUGUCCCCGAUUCAACAGCAACUGGUUAAGGAUGGUAUUCUUAGAAUCUGCGGCUCUACUCCUGAUGAAGAGACCGAUCCACCUGGAAAGUCCAACGCUACAAUAGAAGAACACCCGACUUUUUCAAGCAGUUUUGUGGUUCCCUCAAAUAUAAAGUCUUCUUCUAUUGUUUUACCUUCAGAAUAUGCCAAUCCUCCAUUCAAAUCAUCUCUUCAUCAUCAAACUCCAGCAACCGUAGGUGGAUCGAUGACAGCCAAUCGCCGGUUUGAUAAUGGCAAUUACCGCACUCCAGCAGGGUUGAAGAAUCACCACCAAAGCAGCAGCAUCAGCAGGAACUUAAAACUUGACGAUGUCUCAACUCCCGCGAAGGAGACGAGCAGAUCUUCAAACCGACACCUGCAUCACUACCAUCAACAGGAUAGUUACACCGAAGUUGAAACAGAUGGGUUUGAUGCGACUUCUGUAAAAGAUCCCAUGGAUGUUGUCCUUAUGAGUGGUGGCAAGAAGGCUUCAUUGAUCGACAAGAUCAUAAAUGGCGGGCCUAGAUGGAGGUCUGAUGAAACCAGUGACGAAGAAGUGGGAGAAGAGAGUCCUGGUAGAGCUGCUGCUGCUGCUGGUUUCACAGUCCCUUGGAGGGGUAAUAGAAGAGUUAGGGUUGCCAGAAGAUGAUGAACAUUAUCUUUUAUGCUGGUGAUGCUGGUCUUUUUCUACCAGAAGAAAGCAACAACAAACCUUAACACCCUGCAACAUCUGGGAUGUUUGUAACAGUUGGAGCACAGUUUCGGAGACUUCAACUGGGAUAACUUCCACCACCGUAACACCUUACUAUUACUAUGAUCAUCGUCGCAUUCUUUAGUAUUACUUACUACUACUUUCACAACUGAUUUCGAGUCGAAGAAAACUCGAUUACGGAAAAUGUCCGAACCAAAUUUUGUACGGUUUGAAUUCGGUUUGCCCCGAUCCCUGUAACUUCCCUUCAUUGCAUGGGAUGGGAGUUGUUCUUGACGAGGAUGUGAACAAUGAUAAGGUGUUUUGGCCGCUUCCAUUUUCGGUUCAUUGUUUCUGCAUUCUAAGGUUCUGAGGUAAAACUGAUAUAACUUAAACAUUGAUCCAACUUCAAAUUUACAUAAAGCAAGCAACCCAUGCACUUUUGAGUUCAGGGUAUAGUAUACACAUUGAUCUUUCCACGGAGAAUCAGUUUCAAGUACUCAAAAUCCAGAUCAUUUUUUGUUGCUGCAGAUGACCAAUGUGAAGCUAAUGCAGAACAGCAGAAGGGCAGUGAAACAAUGUGCGACCAUUUAUGGAAGAUAUGGCGACUGGGUAUAUGAUCAAAUGGGAGAAUUAGCAUCUAAUAUACAAUACAGAGCCACCCACCUUACCUACAGAGACUUUGAAUGAAGAGGCAAUAAAGUUGAAUGAUUUAUUAGUUAGUUAUUACAGCAAACGCCGAUGAGGAUCUUUCAGCGAAUGCCGGAAAUAUAGUAAGCUUCCUCUUUUACUCUAGAGUGAUUUCAUUUAGAGAAUUGUGACCAGAAUUUCAAAGAACAUUUUGACGGAAAAUAUUACCAGAAGAAAAUAAAGUUGGUUUUCGAGG